AUUUUUAAAAUGUUACUGAAUUUCAAACACAAAACGGCAAAACGGUCUCGGUACAUUGAGCGGUGUAUUUGUGUGUGGUCGUAACAGCUUUUUGGCAAGAUUCCCUUGUUCCUUCGGGAGCGAGUUAUAUAAACUAAACGUCGAGAUGUUUGCGCCACAACGAAGUUAUAAAUAGAUUUUUGACUGAAAUUCACGUUCUGACAUUUUUGUUUUUAUGACAUACAUUGCAUUCGUUUAUAGAUAUGCGUUAGAAAUCCAAGUGAAACUCAGUGUAUCAAAUACUUUAAAUAUUAAAGUGAACGUCUGUUAAGUGAGUUGUAUCGUAUGACAUUAACAAUAAGUAGCAACAGAAGAAUUGUGGUUUAGUAUCGAAGCAGGAAAAUUUGUAAGUUAUUUUUUGAAUUUAGCAGAAUGGCUCAAGUGGAGCCCAUGGACAUUGACGAUAUAGAAAGCGAUUUUGACAACAAAGAGAAUAGUUCCCAUCACAGCAAUGUGCUGCCCCGAACGCCUUGCAUGGAAAAGGGAUAUGAGGAACUGGAUGUGUCGGAAUUGAACAUGAAGCUGAGGUAUUCAAUAACUCCUGCCGCUUCUCCUAUGUCCAGAAGUCUUAAUGACUAUGAUAAUAACACAACUGCUAUGAAUAUUGAAAAUAAUAAUUUGACCCGUUCUUUAAAUUCUGCAAUCACUAAAUCUGAAGUGGUCAAUUCUCUAAAGUCACUCCCAUUGCAAGCUAAUUCAAGUGACACAGUGAUUGAUAAUAAAAAUACAUCAGUGUUGCGCACCAUACAGCCAGCUUCUAACAACGAUGUAACUGUCACUCUAAGUGAACCAGUUGAUAAUGAUGAAACCAUGUCCCUGCCGAGCACAUCAUCUUCUGUGACACAUACACCGGAAGCAACAACACCCACAAAGGAAAUACCAAAGCAUGAUGGAAGCUCACCUAUAAUGAGGGGUCUAAAGAGUGUACUCAAUAUGUUUCGUUCCUCUCAAAGUCCCAUUCCCCCCUCUGAGACCACAUUAUCCAAUAUAAAACAAGAAAAUCUUAGUGUUGAUGACUCAAUUUUAAAAGAUGUGGGAAAUAAUGGGUCUCAAACAGUAGUGGUAUCAACUCCUAUUGCAAAUAAUAGAAAAGUAACAAGUGAGUCUCGAAGAAGCAGUCCCUUAAAAGAUAGUAUUGUAUUCAAUGAUGACCUUGAGAAGGAUUUGCAGUGGAAGGAUGAAACAACUAUAUUUUUCAAGGAUGAAAAAAUUCCAGUUCAUAAGUUGUUUCCUUCAAAAAAUGUUACAAAAACUUUGAAAAUGGACAAAAGUGAGAAUAAAAAUGUAACAGAAGAAUACAUGAGUAUGUCAAAUAAUGCUUCAAUUUGCCAAAGUGGGAAUGCUAUGAAUAUACAACUUCCUUCUUUACAGAAUGAAAUUUCAACUCUAGAGUCAGAUAGUGAAUUUGUUGACUGUGAAAUGACACUUAAUGGGGAAUCCUACUAUAGCAAAUUGGCUGAAAAAGAAGAUAAUGCUUGUGAUAUUACCAGGAAUGAUGAUAAUCAUAUUCAUGAUAACACUAAACAAGUAAUAGAUAACAUUGAAGGUUUAUUAACAGAUUGUGAACAAUCAAAAAACAAAUCAUAUGUGUCAUACAAACCAUGUGAAAUUACUGAUGAUGUUUCUACAGCAAUAAUUUCAGAUCAAAAAAUAUCUUUAAAUUGUGACAUAAAUGAUCAAAAAGAAUUUGAAUCAAAAACAAAUGUUGUAUAUGAUUCUACAUCUGCUAGAGAACUAGAGAAUAAUGUUAACACAAAUGUAAUACUUGGAUCAAAUGAUGAAAGUAUUCAGAGGUUAAUGAAAAAUGACUUGAGUGCAGAAGAGAAUACCACAGAGAAAUGGAAUGUAAUUAAUGAUUAUAAUGAAAAAAAUCAUCUUAGUGAAGUUCCUUUAUCUAAUGACAAUAAUGAUGACUUUAUUGAAUUUCCCAAUACUACAGGUGUGACUGAACCUAAGAUUAUAUGCACUGUUGAACAACAAGAUUUGAAUCAAACUGCCAUGAGUGUAGAUUAUAGUGAGUCAGUAGAGGCUCAGCGGUGUAAAGAUGUUCAAAGUGAGUAUGAAUUAAAUCUGGAUCGAAAUAACCUAGAAGCCACUAGUUUUAAGCCAUCCAAUAAAAUAGAUGUAUCUGUUACAGAGGAAAGUCCAUUACAACCAGUAUGUCUACACAAACAAGAAGAUUGUAUGCAAAGUCAAAUUAUUGACUCAGUUGAUACCGCUACAAAUAUAUCUGUUACACCGGUCAUUACAGAAAUUAAUGAUAAUCAUAAACAACUAACUGAUGAAUUAACGAAUGAAAAUGAUAAACACAUGCCUCAAUGUGUUACUGAUAAAGAAACUAAUGGUGAAAAACUGAUUUUAGAGGAAUUCAAAAAUGAACUAGCAGGCAUGAAUAUGUCUGAGAACUUGUCAAUAGUUCCUUGUAAUGUAACUGAACAGGAUUCUCUUAAUAAUUGUAAAAUGUUGAAUACUGUAACUAAUGAACAGAAUACUACAGGAGCUAAGAAUUUCUGUGCUAGUGCAAUCGAAGAUCAUCAAGUGGUUGUCACAAGUAGUACAUUUUCAAUGACACAUGGUGUAAAAGAAACUGACAAAGAGUCAACUAAUUUUAUGAAUGAUGAAAAAAUUAAGACAACAAUAGAUAUAGGAGAUGAAACUGUUGUAAUUGAAAGUAAUUUCAAUGAAUUAAUAUUAUCAGAUAAAUUACCUGACUUUGAUAAUACCUAUUCAAAUGAGCCGAAUGAUUGUGCUAUCUUUAAUAUGGACGCAAAUAAAGUAAUAAAUUUAGAAAACGUAAUAAGUAUGGAUAAAGUUAAGCAACUUGUUCAUAGCAAUGUGUUGAACAAUACUGCAAUAAAUGACCAUGGUGAAUGUAGCAAGAAGUAUGAGGAGUUUCUUAAAGACAAAAACAUUAAAACUGAAACAAAAAUGGAUUCAGUUGUGGAUAAGGAAAACGGAAGUGAUAUAGUUUCAACAGAAAACAAAAUGGUAGGGGCUUCCAACAUUUUAAAUCCAGAAGAAAAUGAAAAUUUGCAAUCAGGAGAUAGUGUAAAUGUAAAUAAUUCAUUAAAUGACAUACACGAGAUAUAUGGUACACCUGAUAUUCCUUCUAAUCUGCCUGAACAAGAUACUUUCGUUGAUACUAUAGAGGUAUUCGCUUGCCAGACAGAAAAGAUAGAUUCUAAAUUUGGUGUGAAUAAAGAAGAUGUUAUAAGUCAAGAACGAUUUGCUACAAAUUUUUCAAUCCAUGAAACAGACAACGACAGUUCGGUUAAAAGUAGCGAGCCUAAAAACGUAUUCAAUUUGCCUGAAAUGUCAAGUGCAUUUAUCUCAAAACUGAAAGAGAAUGCGGCCACGUCAUCAACUCCAGAUUUAGAAGAUGUUUCUAAGCAUAUUUUCAAAGUACCUUCUGGUAAUUUGACUCAUGUUUCUCAUAAAUGUGACGACAACACGCAAGAUCGAUCUAUAGAUCGCAAAUUAUGUGUAGAUAAAAACCAACUUGACUCCUCUGAUGUAAGCACGUCCUCAAAAGCCUCAGAAGCGACGGUCCACGAAGUUAACACUGAAGACGAUGACACUGUAGAAGCAUCUUUCUUUGAAACCGAAGAAUUUAAUGAUGUUGAUAAAAAAUCUGAUCACGAAGACAUGAUAGAUUUUUCUGAUAUACCCACUCAAAAGAUUAGUAACAAUCCCUACAAAGGAGAAAUGUUUAUUGAUGCUGAAGCUUUCCAGUUUCUUCUAAAUCAGAAUAAAAGCAAUGUCGUUGCCGACAGUGGCAGAGAGAGCUUGUUCUUAAAGUUUGAUCCACUCUUUGCAAAACGAAUGUCCACAGACGCAGCGGCUGUUAGUAAAAUUCAAAAAGGACAAAGUACGCCGAAGAGAAUUUCUAAGGCCUUAUCAAAUAUCGAUUUUUAUAAAAAUGCUAACGAAACUACGGAAAGCACUUUAGAUGCCAAUUUUGAAGAUGCUACUGUUUUACUUUCAAAACCAAUGAUGGUGGUGAAUCCUGCUGUUAAUUCUGUCUUUUCACCAAGAAACAAAUCCUGUACACCGCCGAGAACAAAUCGGCGAUCACAUACGUUUACUUCGCCCGCCAUCGCUGUUAUAGACCGCCUCCUUUCAUUAAGUGGCGAUAACUCUGCGUUAAACCUGGAAAUGUCAAUGACUGAUGUACGAGGACGAACUAAUGAAACAGACCAAGUGCUGACACAGCUAAGGGAGCUGUUAGCUGAAAAAGAAAUAAACGUUCAUGGCCUAAGGUCGGAGAGUAAGGAAUUAUCCGAGAGAUUGCGUACGUUAGAAUCGCAAGUUAAAACCUUAGAAACAGAAGGUGAACAGAGACUCCGAAAAGUAGACGACUUGAACAAAUGCCUAGCGGAGAAAACCAAAAUGAACAAGGGUAUGGCGGUUGUAGUCGAAGAAUACGAGAGGACUAUUGCCAGUUUGACAGCGGAAAUAGAGCAGGACAAGAAGGCGCAUGCGGAAGAACGAAUGAAACUAAUAAAUGAAAGAAAUGAACAGAAUGCCCACCUGGCGAGCAUGACCAUGUCAUUUAAUGACCUGCAUAGUAAGUAUGAGAAAAAUAAACAAAUAAUUUUAAAUUGCAAAGACAACGAAGAAAAAUAUAAGAGAUCUAUUAAAGAAUUCGAUGAGAACGUAUUAAAAAUUCAGAAUAACUACGAACUGUUGAAGCAACACGCGACGUCCAAUUUGAACAAUAAGAAUGACGAGUUUGAGAAACUGAACAAGACACACGAAGCCGAAGUUUUAAAAUACGGAGCUAUGAUAAAGAGAAAGGAGAUGGAUAUAUCUUCGCUGAAGGAGACUUUGGCACAAAAGAUUAAGGCUAACGAGGAAUUGACGGCGAUCUGCGACGAACUUUUAAACAAAGUCGCAUGAGGCGCAACCUGCACCUCCCGGCACGCCGACUUCUACCACUCGUCACAACACGAACAUGUCAGCUCCCGACGCAAUGUGCCAACAUACUUUACUUUUAAAGACUGUUAUUGUGAUAAUAUGUAAACAGUUUACUAGUUGCCUUCUAAAACUAAUAAUAGUUUCACAAUUUGCUCGAAUUUAAUUAUAUUUAAAUUAAUGACACUAAUAAAUUGUAAAAGCUAAUUUUAUAUUCUGUAAUUACUAGGAUUUUGGAAACUAAUUUGUGAAUAAUGUUCACGUCAUGAGAUGAUACUGAGAGCAAGAUUAUAAUCGGUAUACUAAUAGUUUCCCUUUAAAAUGUAAAUGACAUUGUUGUAAUCAUGGUGACUAAGCUGUACAUUAUAUGAAGGGAUCUCUAACAUUCUAAUGCUUAUAACAUUUAAAAAGUGAACAAUGUUUAAAUUAUUUUCCGAUAGAGUUUUACUGUAAGUGUUCGUAAUUGUAACUAAAAUUUUGUUCUGUAUCUAUUCUUAAGAUUAUAUUGUCCGUAAAAUUAUUUUUGAUAAUCAUAUUCCAUUUUUCCAACUGAUGUAACGACUUAUAUUUUUGUAUCGUCCAUAAAAUAUAAAAUAAAUAUUUGCUUAUUUAAAGUAGUGUAACUCUGUUCUACUUUUGUUCUAGUAAAAAUUAUCCUUCAUACAUUACUAGUGAUUGAUAGUUUUGUAUUGUUUUUUUUUUAGUUUAUAGAGUUUCGGUUGACAUUAUUAAUUGGUUUUUAUAACAUUGUAAUAUAUCGUGAAUGAUUGUCAGGUCGCAUGUUAUUUUAG